AACACCUUUAAGAAGUUCUCCCCCCUCUCGCCUUCUUCCUCCUCAAGCUCCACAAGCCCAUUUCAAUGGCGGAAGCCAAUAUUCCCAAGAAAAAUCUCCACGCGCUCUUGAUCCCAUACCCGUUCCAAGGCCACGUCAACCCUUGCGUGCACCUGGCGAUCAAGCUCGCGUCGCAGGGGAUCACAGUCACCUUCGUCAACACCGAUUAUAUCCACCACCAGAUCACCUCCAACCCCAUCAAUGGCUCCUCCUCCGGCGACAUCUUCGCCGGGUUCCGGUCGGAAUCUGGGCUCGACAUUCGGUACGCGACUGUCUCCGACGGUCUACCGAUCGGUUUCGACCGGUCCCUGAACCACGACCAGUACCAGGCAUCGCUGCUGCACGUGUUCUCUGCCCACGUGGAGGAGCUCGUGGCGAGGCUCGCCGGAGACGGCGACGGCGGAGUGAAUGUUCUGAUCGCCGACACGUUCUUUGUCUGGCCGUCGGCGAUAGCGAGGAAGUUCGGUCUGGUCUAUGUGUCGUUUUGGACAGAAGCUGCUUUGGUCUUCUCUCUGUAUUACCACAUGGAUCUUCUUCGUCUUCAUGGCCAUUUUUGUUCCCAAGGUCGUCGCAAGGAUCUUAUCGACUACAUCCCCGGGGUCAAAGCCAUCGAGCCGAAAGAUACGGCGUCGUAUCUUCAAGAUACCGAUACCUCAUCCGUCGUUCACCAAAUCAUUUUCAAAGCUUUCGAAGACGUGAAGAAAGCCGAUUUCGUGCUGUGUAACACCAUCUACGAAUUCGAAGAUCGAACAAUCCAAGCCCUAAAUUCGAAAAUCCCGUUCUAUGCGAUCGGGCCGAUCAUUCCAUUCGGGAUCAAGAACAAGACGGUCACCACUAGUUUAUGGUCAGAAGCGGAUUGCACGCAAUGGCUUAACACCAAACCUAAAGGUUCAGUACUAUACGUAUCAUUUGGUAGCUAUGCACAUGUGACAAAACAUGAUUUGGUAGAAAUAGCAAAAGGGCUAUUGCUAAGUAGGGUUAACUUCGUUUGGGUGGUACGGCCCGAUAUAGUGAGUUCGGAGGAGAAUAACCCGCUACCCGACGGGUUUGAGACCGAGGCCGAGAAUUUCGGGAUAGUGAUACCUUGGUGUUGCCAAAUGACAGUAUUGUCACACCCGAGCAUUGGAGGGUUCUUGACACAUUGUGGAUGGAAUUCGAUACUCGAAAGCAUAUGGUGCGAGGUUCCGCUCAUAUGUUUUCCGCUAUUGACGGAUCAAGUCACGAAUCGGAAACUAGUUGUGGAUGAUUGGAAGAUUGGGAUGAACUUAUGUGAGGAUAGGAGCUUGGUUGCCAAGGAGGAGGUUGCAACGAAUAUCAGCCGUUUGAUGUGUGGAAAAUCUAGGGAGGAAGUCAAGGGGGCGAUCGGACGGGUGAAAAUGAGUUUGGAGAAUGCACUGUCACCCACUGGAUCGUCUGAUCAGAAUCUCGGUCUUUUCAUUGAUGGGCUUAUGGAUAAGGCCCAUAAAUCGAACGGACAUGUUUGACUCGAAAUUCCGAAAACAAAAAAAAAAAAGUAGUGAGAAUAUUUUGUAUCAAUUUCUUAUUUUUGAAAAAAAAAAAUGUUAUUUGCGAGGUACGACUUUAAUUCACUUUUUGAUCUUCAUCAA